AUGAGCCAGCAGCGAGGCCGAGGGGACGCUGGGGACGCUGUCCGAGAGCCGAGGGCCGGGCCCGGCCGCGUCAAGCGCCGCAAGACCAGGGGCGAGCGCAACCGAGCCAAGUUCGGCCCCGGCGUGCGUGGUGCCAGAUGGAGGGGGGGGAGGCACCCCUGGGUCGGCUUCCCUCCGCCCCGCGCCGCCCAGCCUCCCCCCAGCCCCCUGCCGCCCCCCCGGCCCGUCAUCAUCACCCAGCAGCGCCUGUGUCGUCCCCGGGGGCUCCUCGGCCGGGGGGUGGCUUCCAUGGACAUAAAGCGGUUGUUGGAGGGUGGGCAGGGGGAACGGUCCCCCCCACGGCCCCCUGCUGAGGAGCUCACAGGACCUCUGGAGUCCCCCGGGCCUGUCAAGGGGAUGGAGAAGGAAGGGCAGAGGUCACCCUCCCCUCCAGUAAGCCCCUCAGAGAAGGCGGUUGGUGACAGAGACUCCUUCAGCGCCGUGACCUCUGCCCGGGGGCUGGCUGCCCGCCUGUGUGCCCUUCUGCCACAGCCCGCCGAGUUCUGGGGACGCGCGCUGGCAGAGGAGAGACGCCGUACGUUGCUGGCCGCCCUGCUGGAGCAUCACCACAACCUGCCUGACCUGUCCACUCUCCUUCCCCACAAAAGCGUGGGAGCCGCAGGGGGACUCUCCCACGCACAGCUCCCCGUGCUGCCCCCUGCCUCCCAGCCACCCCCAGGGCUUAGCACUGCUGAAGCUGAGCUUCUUCCCCAGCCCGUGCAGAGCAGGGACCCAGCACUCCAUCACAGCCACCCCCCAACACCCCCACAGGCCAUCACUCAGUCACCAACUUCUCCAUCCCAGUUCUCUCCUCCCGUUUUCAACACUGAGACGAAGAAGAGGCAAAGUUUGUUCCCCUGGAUGUCAGAGGAUGAGGAUGACACACAUCCUGAAAACCCAGCUCCGCAGUUCUGGGUCCGAACCCCCCCACCGCCAUUCAGGCCCACCCCCCCUGCACACUCCCCCAUCUCUCACCCCCGUACUCCAAGCCCCCCAGCUGUCCUGCCGCCCCCUGUUUUUGGUGCACAGAGGAGGGAGAGGCAGCUCCUCCUCAGUCCACAGCGGGUUGGGUUGUGA